AUGGCGGAAUCACAGUGCCCAUUCCGGCAGCAAAGGUCAACGGGCAAUUUCGCUGGCGGAGGCACUCGCAACGAGGACUGGUGGCCGGAACAACUCAAGCUCAGCAUCCUUCGCCAGCAUUCGGCAUCAUCGAACCCUCUGGAUCCCGAGUUCGACUAUGCGUCUGCAUUCAAGAGCCUCGACUACGAUGCAGUCAAGAAAGACCUCGCGACUCUGAUGACAGACUCGCAGCCUUGGUGGCCGGCUGAUUUCGGCCAUUACGGCGGCCUGUUCAUCCGUAUGGCCUGGCACAGCGCUGGUACCUACCGUGUCUUUGACGGUCGUGGAGGAGGAGGACUGGGACAGCAACGAUUUGCCCCGCUGAACAGCUGGCCAGACAACGCCAGUCUGGACAAGGCCCGUCGGCUCCUAUGGCCCAUCAAGAAGAAGUAUGGAUCCAAGCUUUCUUGGGGCGACUUGAUGAUCCUGGCGGGAAAUGUUGCCUUGGAAACCAUGGGCUUCAAGACCUUUGGCUUUGGCGGUGGUCGCGUUGAUACCUGGGAAUCGGAUGAGUCUGUCUUCUGGGGUGCGGAGACGACUUGGUUUCCAUCGGGCAAUGAUGAGCGCUAUGCUGACCGUGAUAUUAACACCCGUGAGCUUCAGAAGCCGUUGGCGGCCACGCACAUGGGCUUGAUCUAUGUGAACCCCGAAGGUCCGGAUGGCAACCCUGAUCCCAUUGCGGCGGCGCGAGACAUUCGAGUCACCUUUGGUCGCAUGGGAAUGAACGACGAGGAAACCGUCGCGCUCAUUGCUGGAGGGCACUCUUUCGGCAAGACACAUGGUGCCGGGCCAGCCGACAAUGUCGACCGCGAGCCUCAUGCGGCCGACCUGUCAGAACAAGGACUCGGCUGGAGAAGUCGCUUUGGCACCGGCAGAGGUGCUGACAGCAUCACCUCUGGCAUCGAGGUGACCUGGACCAAGACACCCACCCGCUGGAACCACGACUUCCUCGAGUAUCUGUUCAAGUUUGAAUGGGAAUUGACCAAGAGCCCUGCUGGCGCCAAUCAAUGGGAGGCCAAGAAUGCCGAGGCGAUCAUCCCAGAUGCCCACGAUGUCACCAAAACCCAUCGCCCGAAGAUGCUGACCACCGAUCUAUCGCUGCGCUUCGACCCGACCUAUGAGAAGAUUUCACGACGCUUCUUGGAGAACCCAGAUCAAUUUGCAGACGCUUUCUCCCGCGCUUGGUUCAAGCUCACCCAUCGCGACAUGGGCCCCCGAGCGCGCUAUCUGGGCCCCGAGGUCCCUAAAGAAGAGCUGCUCUGGCAGGAUCCCAUCCCCCCUGUUGACCACAAACUCGUUGAUCAGGAGGAUAUUGCGAGCCUCAAGCGCACCAUCCUGGCCACUGGCCUUGACUUGUCUGACUUCAUUCGCACCGCGUGGGCCUCCGCAUCGACCUUCCGAGGCAGCGACAAGCGCGGUGGUGCUAACGGCGCACGCAUCCGUCUGUCACCACAGCGUGAGUGGGCAGUCAACCAGCAGCCCUGGCUCGAGAAGACCCUCGCUGCUCUUGAAUCCAUUCAAAAGGAAUUCAACAACUCCUCCACCGACAAGAAGGUCUCUCUCGCAGACCUCAUCGUCCUAGCUGGCUGCGCAGCCAUCGAGCAAGCCGCACAAGAAGCCGGCCACACCAUCACCGUUCCCUUCACACCCGGCCGCAUGGACGCCUCCCAAGAGCAAACCGACGUCGAAUCGUUCGGAUAUCUGGAACCCAUCGCAGACGGAUUCCGCAACUACGGCCGGUCCAACCCCCGGGUCCGCACCGAACAAUACCUCGUCGACAGGGCGCAUCUGCUCACAUUGACUGCCCCCGAGAUGACUGUCCUCGUCGGUGGCCUUCGCGCACUGAACAGUAACUACGACGGAUCGAAAUAUGGAGUGUUCACCUCUCGCCCUGGCCGCCUUACAAACGACUUCUUCGUGAAUCUGCUCGAUAUGGGUACGCAGUGGAAGGCCCAGGAUGGCAAUCUGGAUCUGUAUGAGGGGACGGACCGUGAGACUGGAGAAAGCAGGUGGACUGCCACACGGGUUGAUCUCGUCUUCGGGUCUCAUUCUGAACUGCGCGCGAUCGCAGAGGUCUAUGGCAGUGACGAUGGGGAGGAGAAGUUUGUGAAGGACUUUGUGGCUGCAUGGGAUAAGGUCAUGAAUUUGGACCGAUUUGAUUUGGCUGCUUGUCAUUUUUGA